GUGUGUUUUCAUGCAGAAACCAGAUUUUCGAAGCCUUUCUGUCGCUGCUGCUACUGAGCCUCUGUCAUCUGUGGGAAACAUGUCUGAGAACCUUGCCCGUCUGAACCAGUUCAAGAACAAAGGCAAAGAUGCUAAUGAGCUCCGCCGCAGGAGGGUGGAGGUCAACGUGGAGCUGCGGAAGGCCAAGAAAGAUGACCAGAUGUUCAAGAGGAGAAAUGUGACCGCAGAUCCCGAUGAAGCUACCUCUCCUCUUCAGGAAAGAAAUUCAAACAGCCAGGUUACCAGGCAGUGGACAGUGGAUGAAAUCGUUGCAGGAGUGACCAGCGGUAACGCUGAGUUGCAGCUCCAUGCCACUCAGGCUGCACGAAAGCUCCUGUCUCGUGACAAGCACCCUCCCAUUGACCAGAUGAUCAGUGCUGGGCUCAUUCCCAAGUUUGUUGAGUUCCUGGGCCUGGUGGACUGCACCCCCAUCCAGUUUGAGGCGUCCUGGGCCCUGACCAACAUCGCCUCUGGGACAGCCAAUCAGACUGAUGCUGUGGUGCGAGGAGGGGCUGUUCCUGCUUUUAUUAACCUGAUCACAUCCCCCCACCAGCACAUCAGUGAGCAGGCAGUCUGGGCCCUGGGAAAUAUUGCAGGUGACGGAUCAACUCUCAGGGACAUUGUCAUCAAACAUGGAGCUGUGGCUCCUCUGCUGAGCCUGCUGGCCGUCCCUGACCUCACUGUGUUCACUCCUGGCUACCUGAGAAAUGUGACGUGGACGCUGUCCAACCUCUGCCGCAACAAGAACCCCUCUCCCCCGAUGACCGCGGUCCGACAGAUCCUGCCGGUCCUCAUCCGCCUGCUCCAUCACGAGGACACGGAGGUGCUGACGGACGCCUGCUGGGCGGUUUCCUACCUGACAGAUGGCGCCAACGACCGCAUCGAGGUGGUGGUCCAGACUGGUGUGAUUCCACGGCUGGUGAAGCUGCUGGCCUCUAAUGAUCUGUCUGUAGUUACUCCCGCACUGCGUGCCAUCGGCAACAUUGUGACUGGCACCGACGAACAGACUCAGGCCGCUUUGGACGCUGGGCUCCUUGGCGUGUUCCCCCAGCUGCUGCGCCACAGAAAGCCCAACAUCCAGAAGGAAGCGGCCUGGACCAUGUCCAACAUCACGGCAGGGAAGGACACCCAGAUCCAGGAGGUCGUCAACGCAGGCCUCGUCCCAUACUUGGUCGACAUGCUUGUGCGGGGUGACUACAAAACCCAGAAAGAGGCCGUGUGGGCCGUGACCAACUUCACCAGCGGGGGCUCUGUUGAGCAGGUGGUCUACCUCGUCCAGGCCAACGUGCUGGAGCCUCUUCUGAACCUGCUCUCCUGCAAGGACAGCAAGACGGCCCUCGUCAUCUUGGAUGCAAUCACCAAUAUCUUCUCCGCCGGGGAUAAAAUUGGCCAAUCAGACAAACUGUGUCUGAUGAUUGAGGAGUGUGGCGGAUUAGACAAGAUCGAAGCUCUGCAGUCUCACGAGAAUGAGUCUGUUUACAAAGCCGCUCUCAACUUGAUCGAGAGAUAUUUCUCUGAAGAGGAGGAGGUGGUGGAAUGCGUGGCUCCAGAAGCAACCGAUGAGGGUUAUGCAUUUCAGAUCAGUGAAAGCCAGAGCACUUUCAACUUUUGAAUACCUCUAAGACGCCUGUACUGUAUCCACUGUUUGUCUCUUGUUUAUGUUCCUGUGGUAUUUUGCAUGUUGUCUACGGUUUUAUGACUGAUAUGUAAAUAAAGG